AGGAAUGCAUAUUUAAGGGAUAACAUCCGUACCUUGAAUUUUUCCCUUCUAAUUUUGUUUACUUCCUUAAUUACGUACUCUAGAAAUUGAAGAACAUUUUAUCAAUGGAGGAGAAUCUUCCUCCUGGUUUUAGGUUUCAUCCAACGGAUGAGGAGCUGAUUACAUUUUAUCUAUCAAACAAAGUCUCUGAUUUUGGUUUUACUUGCAAGGCUAUGGCUGAUGUUGAUCUCAACAAGUGUGAACCUUGGGACCUUCCAGCAAAAGCUUCAAUGGGAGAAAAGGAAUGGUAUUUUUUCAGCUUAAGAGAUCGGAAAUACCCAACAGGUUUAAGAACAAACCGAGCAACAGAGGCAGGUUAUUGGAAAACCACUGGAAAAGACAAAGAAAUCUUUCGAGGUGGAGUGUUGAUUGGGAUGAAGAAGACCCUCGUUUUUUACCGUGGAAGAGCACCAAAGGGUGAAAAAACUAAUUGGGUUAUGCAUGAAUAUCGCCUUGACAACAAGCUCUCUUUUAAACCCACCAAGGAGGAAUGGGUGGUUUGUAGGGUUUUUCAGAAGAGUGUUGCAAUCAAAAAACCACAACCCACCUCACCUUCUCAGGUCUCUCCAGAUUCUCCAGAUGACAACACCACAAAUGGAAAUGAAUUUGGAGACAUUGAACUACCAAAUUUGAAUACCCUAUCAACUUCACCAAAUGCUGGUUUUACUUACAACUCACUACAAAACUACCCUAAUCCUAACAAUCAUCUCAACAUGAACGUGAAUUCAAGUUUAAACUUGAAUUGGGCAAGAGAUCAUUUGGCAAAUCUUCCUUCAUUAUCUUGGCAUUCAAGUUUGCUGAAUCCAGAUCUUAAUAGCACUGUAAAUUCUUUAUUACUAAAGGCUCUACAAUUUAGAAGUACUAGUAGUAGUGCUUAUCAACCAAGAGAAGCAACAAGUAAUGACUACUCAUUCCUAGGUCAGCAUCAUCAAGGUUUGUCUCUAGGAACUGAUCAAAUAUGUUCUAAUUUCGGACCGUCUUCGACUGAGAAGGUUUUCCAGUCUAUGCCAGAAGAGGAUCAUCAAUUGAACCAACAACAACAACUUCAGGAGCAACCAUUCAACUUGGACUCCAUGUGGUGAUUUGAACAUAUGAGACAACUAACAACUUGUGACUUGUGUUCCUAGCUCCUUGUUGAUAGUUGAGCUGUAAUCAAGAGAAAUAAUAAAUAUCUUAAUUAAGAUGAUAGCUUGUAUUAAGUGUAAUUAUCGUGGGCAAAGCCCAACCAUCGAAAUUGUUGUAAUCGUCAUUAUAACCUAUGAGAAGAACCAUCAUUUCAGAGUAUAACUAGUUUUUAGGCCCAGGAUAUUCUCCGGGUACUUAUAUUUUUCAUCUAU